AUGGUUGUUGCUGCGCAGCAGGGACAGGGGGGGGCCCCAAGGGCAAGCCUCCCCCCACCCCUCAUCCCCCCAUUCCCGGCUCCCCGGGGCCCAUCCCGGCUGCGGGGCGGUCCGUGCCCACCUCCCCGCCUCCCCGCCCCGGCUACGUGCAGGGGCGGCGCCGGGGCAGUGCCGGCGCGGAGCCGCGGGGAGCCCGGGGGAGCCCCGAGCCCGCUGCGGCGGCGGCUGCGGGGCCGCGCCCAUGGCGAGCAGCAGCGGCGGCGGCGGCUGCAGGUAGGGCGGGCGGGCGGGGGGCUCCCGGUGCCGCUCCCGGUGCCGGUGCCAUGGCGCAGACGGAGCCCCCGAAGGCGGCGCGGCUGUGGCGUGAGGCCGCCCUGCGCGCACGGAAGCUGCGGGACGAGCCCGAGCUGGAGCCGGAGCCGGAGCCCAACGCCGAGGACUCGGGCCCGCCUGGGGGCCCCCCGCAGCCCCCCAGCAUCGCUCCCCGCAGCCCGGCGGGCGGCGCUGGGCGAGCUGGAGGCGCUGAACCUGAGCGGGCGGGGGCUGCAGGAGCUGCCCGAGGAGGUGGGCGCCGCCCUGAGCGGGCUGCGGGUGCUGAGCCUGCGGCGCAACCGGCUGAGCCGCCUGCCCCUCGCCGCCCUGCGCCACCUGGGCCGCCUGGCAGAGCUCGACCUGAGCCACAACCGCCUGCGGGGCCUGGGCGACGGCGGGGCGCUGGGGGGGCUGCGGGGCCUGCGCAAGCUGAGCCUGAGCCACAACGAGCUGGGGGCCGAGGGAGCCGGAGCCCUGGGCGAGCUGGGCCGCCUGGAGGAGCUGGACCUCAGCUUCAACCGCCUGCGGCGCCUGCCCGAGGGGUUGGGGCGCCUGCGGCACCUCCGCGCCCUGGAUGUGGACCACAACCAGCUGGCCGCCUUCCCUGCCGUGCUGCUGGAGCUCGCCGCCUUGGAGGAGCUGGACUGCUCCGGGAACCGGCAGCUGGGGGUCCUGCCCGAGGGCAUCGCCGCCCUGCGCCGCCUCAAGAUCCUCUGGCUGAGCGGCACGGGGCUGGCGGCGCUGCCCGAGGGUCUGUGCCAGCUGGGCGCCCUGGAGAGCCUGAUGCUGGACGGCAACCAGCUGCGGGCGCUGCCCGCUGGUUUUGGCAGCCUGCAGAGGCUCAAGAUGCUGAACCUCUCCUCCAACCUGCUGGCCGAGUUCCCCGCCGCCGUCCUGGCGCUGCCGGGGCUGGAGGAGCUGUACCUGAGCCGCAACCAGCUGACCGUGCUGCCCCCUCGCCUCUGCCAGCUCCGCCAGCUGCGCACCCUCUGGCUGGACAACAACCGCAUCCGCUACCUGCCCGACUCCAUCGUGCUCCUGCACAGCCUGGAGGAGCUGGUCCUGCAAGGCAACCAGAUCGCCAUCCUGCCCGAGGGCUUCGGGCAGCUCUCCCGCGUCACCCUGUGGAAAAUCAAAGACAACCCCCUCAUCCAGCCUCCCUACGAGGUCUGCAUGAAGGGCAUCCCCUACAUUGCGGCCUACCAGCAGGAGCUGGCCCACUCCCAGCCCGCCCUCAAGCCCCGCCUCAAGCUGGUCCUCAUGGGCCCGAAGGACGCGGGCAAGACCCUGCUGAGGCGAUGCCUGAUGGAGGAGGAUGGGCAGAAGGAGGACUUGGGGAGCCUGGAUGCGGGCAGCACCCAGCCCAGAGGCUGCCCUGGGCAGCAGCAGGACGCUGGGAGAGCGCCGGUUGCGUGCUGCCCCUUCCCGGAGGACGCGUCCCAGCAGGACCUUCCUUCUCACGUGCCCUCCCACCGAGGGAAGGAGAAGCACCGUGCCCUGCACCGCCAGCCGGAUGCCUCCCAGGUGCCAUUGGGACCGGGGCUGUCAGGCAGCAAGGGCAUCGAGGUGAUGGACUGGACAGCGGACGCGGAGCGGGGCCUGACGUUCAUCGUGUACGAGCUGGCAGGGGACCCGAGCUACGACGUGAUCCAGUCUUUCUUCCUCUCCCCUGGAGCCUUGUACGUGCUGGUGGUGAAUUUGAGUGCCUACGUCCCCCAGCACUUCUACCCCUUGGUGGGCUAUUUCUUGCACUGGCUGGGUUCCAAGGUGCCCCACGCUGUGGUGUGUAUGGUGGGAACCCACGCCGACCUCUGUGCCGAGCGGGAGCUGGAGGAGAAGUGCCUGGACAUCCACCACCAGAUCGCUCAGCAGGAGAAGAGGGAUGCCGAGGGCCUCCAGAGCCUGGUCCAGCAGGUGGAUGAGGCUCUGGGACAGGACUUUGACCUGCGCUGCUCCAGUCCUCACGCUGCCUUUUACGGGGUCUCGGACAAGAACUUGAGGCGAAAAAAAGCUCAGUUCCAGUACCUUCUCAACCACCGCCCGCAGAUCCUCUCCCCGGUGCUGCCGUUCAGCUGCCGGGACCGCUGCCAGGUGCGUCGCCUGCGGGACAAGCUCCUCUCGGUGGCCGAGCACCGCGAUAUCUUCCCCAACCUGCACCGGGUCCUGCCCAAGUCCUGGCAGGUGCUGGAGGAGCUGCACUUCCAGCCGCGAGCCCAGCAGCUCUGGCUUAGCUGGUGGGACUCUGCCCGGCUGGGCUUGCAGGCGGGCCUGACGGAGGAUCGGCUGCAGAGCGCCCUGUCCUACCUGCACGAGAGCGGGAAGCUGCUCUACUUCGAGGAGCACCUCACGCUGCGGGAGUACGUGUUCCACAACCUGCCGCGGCUUAUCGACAUCCUCAACGUCUUCUGCCAGCAGGACGCCACCGUGCUGCUCCAGAAGCUGCUCAGCGACAGCCACAUCGACGAGCUACGGGCCGCCCAGCUCCAUCACUACGUGGAGGGCUUCUUGCUGCACGGCCUCCUCCCCGCUCACGUUAUCCGCCUCCUCCUCAAGCCCCACGUGCAGAGCCGGGAGGACCUGCAGCUCAUCCUGGAGCUGCUGGAGAAGAUGGGGCUGUGUUACUGCGUCAACAAGCCCAAAUGCAAGCCCUUAAACGGCGCCGCUGCUUGGUACAAGUUCCCCUGCUACGUGAAAAACGAGGUGCCCCACGCGGAGGCCUGGAUCCACGGCGCCAACCUGAGCGGGCAGUCGUUCGUGGUGGAGCAGCUGCAGAUCGAGUACAGCUUCCCUUUCAUUUUCCCCCCCGGCUUGUUCGCGCGCUACAGCGUCCAGAUCAACAGCCACGUGGUGCAGCGCUCAGACGGCAAGUACCAGAUCUACGCCUACCGGGGAAAGGUGCCGGUGGUGGUGAGCUACCGGCCGGCCAGGGGGGCUCUCCAGCCGGACACGCUGUCGAUCGCUAGCCACGCGUCCCUCCCGAAUAUCUGGACGGCCUGGCAAGCCAUCACCCCCUUGGUGGAAGAACUGAAUGUCCUGCUCCAGGAGUGGCCGGGCCUGUACUACACUGUGCACGUCCUCUGUUCAAAGUGCCUUAAAAGAGGGUCGCCGAACCCGCACACUUUUCCAGGAGAGCUGCUGAGUCAGCCAAGACCAGAGGGACUGACGGAGAUCAUCUGUCCCAAGAACGGCAGCGAGCGAGUUAAUGUUGCCUUGGUUUACCCCCCCACUCCUACUGUGAUCAGCCCUUGUUCCAAAUAAACCAUCAGUACUGGUGCCAAAGGUUUUCCACUGGGCAGAAGGUGGCUGAUGCUCUACGGUGUUCCCGUCUCUCCGGUUGUGGAGUUGCAUGCCGAUGGGGAACAAUGGGACUUGGGACUCCGAGAUGCUGCGGGGCUGGGGCAGCUCCCUGCUGGGGACCUCGUGGCUGGAGCGGGCACAAUCACCUGGGAGCUGGGGACGACGAGGAGACACGAAGCAAAAGGAUUGCUGCGGAUGGCAGGGCCGCUGGCCCAAGGGAAAGCUCUGGGGAUAGGAUUCUGUGGACCCACUGAUUGUGUGUUGAAAACCCAUUUGGAUCUCAUGAUGAAUGUAAAAAAAUGUUCUUGAUACCAUUUAACUCAGACCUGCUUGGAGGAAAGCCUCUUGAAACGAGCUGUAGCAGGAUUCCCUGGAUUUGUUCCUGGACAAG